AUGGAUACGCUGUUCUUGAAAGAGAAGACUCUUUGUGCUAUUUCGCAAACCAACAAUUUCCUUGAAGUCUUUAUCCAUUCAAUCGCCAAAGUCCAAAGCCGCAAGGUCUGUAAUGCAUUUAUAAAGAGAUUGUUGCAGGACACUCUUCACAUGGAAGAAGUACUUCAGGCCGCCCAAACAAUCCAUUUAAGACUUAGCCAGCUCAGUGUACUAGCCCGGGAACGCUUUAUCCGCAAGUUUAACAGUCUUUCUCUUUUUGAGUAUAUCUUAUCAAAACCUCUACCGAUAACAGAUUAUUUAUCCAACCUAAUUGCACUCUUUGAUCUCUUACAAACCAAGUUAGAGAAGCAAAUACCAAUCCCUAAGCACUUUUCACAAAUAGAACUUCUUCUGCAUCUAGCCAGACAGUCCAACGCCUUACAAGUGGAAAUAGAAGCUUUAUUAGCACUAGCCGAUCAAAUCAUUCAAAAAGAAGCACCGCCUAACCAGUCAUAUCUCGAAGACAUUGUUCAAACCACCAACCGAUAUAUUACCAUCGAACCCUUCCUAGAAGAACUCAGCCACCGCCUAACUAACAACUGGCCCUACCCCGAGAAUAACCCCGCCCAGAAAGUACUGCAACUUAUGCUCAAAACCGGAUCUGCACCAAGCAAUCAUCUACUCACUCGAGGUAUUCCAAUCAAAAGACAUUCACCCUUUCUUCUUCAGGACUGCAGUCUCAUGCACAUUCUCCCGGCCAUAAUCUGUGCCUCCUUUAUUCUCGCCGCCAACCAGGAAAACAGUUCGAUCUCCACUCUUCCCCACGUCCACUGUCCCCUUUGCCACGAUCUGCUCAGCACCGAGCACCUCAAGUACUACCAAAUGCACCGCAUUCGCCUGGACGCCGAAAUAGAUAAGCUCAUGAACCUUGCCCCUACUAAGCACAAAGAAGACACUCUUACGCCUAUUCUCCAUGCAAUUACUCACCUGAGCAAACACCAGCAGUUAGCCCAACUGAAGUACGUGGUCGAAAAGCUAAGAAAGACCGAAAAGAAGCAGCUUCCAGAGUCCGAAAUACGCAGCCUCCUUGGAGUUCUUAAGCACUUUCCCUUGACUCCUGAGAAAGAAGAGUACCUGGUGGCUAUCACAAAAUCGGCCUGUAAAGAAACCAGAAUGGCCAAGAUUAUCAUGGUGGCCAAUAUUCUCUACCAUACCAACACUUCCAUUCGCAUAGCCUUUUCAGUGGCUAUACUCGUUCACCAUCUUCUUCAAAUCAAAACAUCUAUCUUUACUACUACAAUCGCCAGUGCCUUAACUAGUCGGCAUGGCGAGUCUCUCAAACAGGCCCGACCCAUUGUUUUCGAGCACUUUCUCUUUCGAAUUGUUCCCAUCACACUUUCUCUCCAAAGUCUUGCUCGCAUAUACCAGGCACCUACAGUCGAAGACCUACUGAGCCGUGAAAAGUACUAUCUUGCCCCGCGACUUUGGCAAUCCGGGCAUUUGGAGGAUCAUUACCGUGAUGUCCCUGAAAACAGUGUAUUUUAUGCUAUCUAUCUUUGUGAGUCAAAAGGCUCGCUUCUUAAAUCUAAAGAUUACCAGGACCUUGGCGUAUCUCUUAUAGAGUCUGGAGCCAAUGCUUUGGCUAUUGUUUAUACAGGGGCCCAGGCCCCCGAUCAAGUCUUCACACACUGUGGUGUAGAUUCCGCCGAACUGAUCCGAUCCCAUUCCGUGAUGACCCUCCUAUUUGCCAUUCGUCGUGUUCUGGAGGAAGAGGUCGUUCCUCGCAACAACUGUGUAUUCCUCCUAAUCUACAAAAUGAUCACAAUCAGGUACCAGGACAACCAGCCACGCGCUGAGGACAUUCAAGAACUUCUGGCCUUCUUUAUUCACACGGGGCAUAUGCAGGGAUCACCUGAGUGUCGCUGCCAGAGUUCUUUGUGCUACAAGCAGAAGUUCUGGACAGUUUUCACGGCCUGCUUAGGCGACUUAGCUCCAAAGUACAAGUAUGGAUUCAGUCUGGAAGUCCCGGCCGAGCAGCGAAGUCGUCUUUUGAAAGAACCCAGCGGCCGGAAGACACUCUGUUUAGAAGAGUCGGUCUCUUUAGAGGCCGCCCUAGAACGGAUCGAGCCAUUUCUUUUGCACUCGCCCUUUGUAGCUGCUUUGGCCGUACGCAAAGUACUUGAUACUGUCCUGCAAACUAGUGAGGCUGAAAUCUUUCAACUCGCUCGUACGCACUGGCCCCAGCUCAAACGGUUUAUGGUACAUGUACUUCGCAUGUACAUUGACACCAAAGACUCUACUCUGCUUUCAGCCAUCUCCUUAUUUGGCGCCCUGGUGGUUGAUGCUCUCGAGGAGGAAGGAUCUUCUUCAGUACUGCUCUAUCGCAAAGACCUUCUUCUGGGCAUGGACCAUGCUUCACCCUCAGAGGUAGUUGCUUUCUUUAUCUUCCAGAUUCUAGUUCCAAUCUACUACGAAAUUCUUGAUGAUCUGCUCCUGUACAUUAUUCAAGAAAUACUGCGCACGGAAGAGGUUCCAAUCCGAGAGAAACACCAACCCUUUAUUGAACGACUUAAGCAGACCAAGUACGUACUUGAAGGCCCGGCCAAAGAGCCAGCUGCCAUUAAGAUUUACCGCCGCGGUAUUUCACAUAAAGAGUUUCUAGUGGGGACAAUCAAGAACCUGGCACGGUUAAAGGCCGAAAACCGCCACUAUCUCUUUCUGCGUAAUAUUGAGAUAGUUGUCGAUGCCCUUCUCCAAAAACCCUGGCCAGAAAGGCACCAGCUGAACAUCCUUCAAUUCUACCUCUUCUUACUUAUGCACUCAUUGAAAUCUACCCAUCGAGAAGAAAUCCGCGAGCUUUUUGCUGAUAUCUUUACCGAAAUCAAAAUGAACUUACUGAUUGACAAAAACAUUCUCAGAACAAUCACUAACUGUUCACUUUGUUUUACCGGUCUUUUUCAUCAAGACGAACUACUUCUCUGCGGUCGUUAUCUCCAGGACCGGCACUAUACUGUUUGGUUACUAGAAAGAGAUCUCAAGUGUGCCUCACCCGCCCAAAAAGACGAAAUCCUCACUUCACUGCAAAAGGUCUAUCUGGAACUCCAGGACAAAGACACAGUCUUUGGUAUUAAUGCAGCCAUCACUACCCUUACUCCAGAUAAUAUGGCCGCAGAAUUCCAAAUCAGCAACGAUCAAGCCUCACUUAUGUACAUCGAGCAAGAAAUCCUGCACCAAUCACCUAGCUCUCUUAACAAACAGUCCAACAAGCCCGACUACCUCUCUUUAGUUGACAAACCAGCCAAGACCGACCAGUCCAUCGAAGAGGUUCUCAGGGCCGUUGAGAAAUCAAUCCAACAAUGGGCCGAAUUUGUUCCCAUCCAUACUCUCUAUGACAGUCCCGACACGACCCGUGACUUUCUCAUCAACGCCCACUUACAACGUGACAUCUUCCUUCUACGCACAAAACCCAUCCCAGAAUCACUCGAUCUUAUCAAGCAACGGCGUACUAAGCCCCGAACCCAUGCCACCCAAAAGCUCUUCUCAGUCCACCAAGAGGUCCUCCAAUUACUGCCACCAACCGAAGCCAUUCUUUCCGCGGAAAAGGACGCACUUCUCUCGGAAAUCCGCAGUGCCCGCAAGUCCGGCCAGCAAGAACAUGCCGAGAAGCUCAUCAUAAAAUCAAUCAUCAAAGAUGACUGGCGCGUCUUCUACGAAAAGGCCAAGCUCCAUCUCCUCAAGGGCCAUAAAAGUCUAGCUAAGCAAGCCCUACAACGACUCUACAAACACCACAAUACCGAGCCAACCGAGUACCUCUAUAAAUCCAUUAUUCUUGGCGCCGAAAUCGAAGAGAGCAACGAGUCCUACCAAAAUGCCCUGCAGCAAGUCAAAGCCAAUGAGCGAGUCUUCUUCGGGUUUGGCAAGUUCCUGGAAAGAACUGAUCCCCUCCAGGCGUUCAAGAUGUACUGCAAUGCCCUUUGUGCCGGCAAAGACAAGGCCCAAGAGAUUGUUCCUAAGAUCAUCCACUACAUUGCUGAUACGGACAAAGCCUCGCCUUUAGCCGAAAGCAUUCAGAUUUGUGCUGGCGAGGCCCAAAAAGUCCUUUCCAAAGUAGAUGUGGCCCUUUUCCUUCCCUACUUUGCCCAAAUCAUUACAAGACUGCGUCAUAAAGACUCAGCAGUCGAACGUUUCUUAUCUUCUCUUAUUCUUAAUCUAAUUGAAACCUUCCCCAAUGAAACUCUUUGGAAAUCUCUUCCAAUCGUCAAUAAUGUUCAAUGUCCUAACAAAGCCAAAGCUCUAACCAAUCUUAUCGCUAAAGCCAGUUUUCCCAUCAAAACCAAGUUUGUCAAUCUCAAACUCUUCGCAGAGACCCUCACUAAAAUCAGUACUUACGAUUCUAAACCCGGCUGGACUAAGCUUUCCGAUAUUCUGGCCAAACCCCUGGUGGUUAGCCCCGGUACAACUCUUCCCGCCGGUGAUUUUGCCGAUGAUAUCAUUUCCAUUGACAAUGAUAUCUUUGUUUUUGGCACGUUGCAACGUCCUAAAAAGAUCCGUGUUCUCUCCAGCACAGGCGUCUUUCGCUCCUUCCUCUGCAAGGGCAAAGACGAUCUGCGCAAGGAUGCACGGUUUAUGGACCUUAAUGUACUGCUUAACUCUCUUUUUGGCGCUAACACUUCCUGCCGCCAGUUUAAUAUCCGGGUCUAUACUGUUCUACCCAUCACUAACUCUUCCGGACUGAUUGAGUACGUGGAAAACACCGAGUCACUCAAGUCAAUAUGCAGCAAGCUCUACCAAGAAGAGCGGAUUGAUUUCCGAGAAAUUGUAGCCAAGUAUGCUAUGCCGCACAAUAAGUUUGGGCCGCACUUACCAACUGUCCUUAAUCAAGUCAAGCCGGUCUUCGCCGAGUUCUUCCGGCGCACUUUCCUUUCGCCGGCUCGUUGGAUGGAAGCGCGAAAGCGCUACACCAUAACAUAUGCCGUAAUGACGGCAGUCGGGUACUUAAUGGGUCUUGGUGAUAGACACGGCGAGAAUAUUCUCUUUGAUCGAGCCACCGGCGAAACUCUUCAUGUCGAUCUCAACUGCAUCUUUGAGCACGCCAAACGUCUUCCCAUUCCCGAAACUGUGCCAUUCCGGCUAACGCCUAACAUUGUCGAUGCUUUUGGUCCCACGCGAGAAGAGGGCCAGUACCGCAUCUCCUUUGAGAAGGCACUUAAGUUCCUCUCCCAGCGCAAAGACCUUAUCAUUGCUAAUUUACGCGGCUUCAUUCACGAUCCACUCGGUGAAUGGAGUGGCCGCAACAACUCAGCCAUGGCCAUGCAGGUAGUUAGUUGCAUCGAAAAGAAGCUCGAUUUUGACGACGAGAUAACUAAGGCCUCCACCUUAAUCAACCAGAGCACCUCAAUUGCCAAUCUAUCCGAAAUGCUCGCCUGGUGGCUGCCCUGCUUAUAA